CUCUUUCCACUACCAGACGCGCCUUUGUCCUGCACCUGGCCUCUUACUUUUAUGAAGAUAACACUUUAGAAUAGUCAGUCCCGUAUUCACGUUGUAACUUUAGAAUAGGAUACACAUGUUAGCCACUUUGUGUUGUAUUGUAGAUAUGACUCGAACAUUAGAGUUUUUUAUGGAAGACAUAAACAUGCCAGGCACUGUGGGCCGCUGACAGUUUUGAUGAGGCCUAGAACGAAGUCUUAUGGAAGAGCCCUCCACCCAAUACAUGCAAUGUACCGUAAUAAGGGCCCAAAUCUGCCCGUCUUACCCGAUAACCCAGUGGUUCCAAAACUUUUUCUGCUUGGACACCCUUUUAGACUUUUUUUUUUUAGAUUGUUUUUUUUGUUGGUCUUUUUCGACUUUAUUUGAUAGGACAGUGUGAGAAAUGGACAGGAAGUGAAUUGGGUGAAAAACGGGAGAGGUCUGCAAAGAACCCGGGUCGAGAAUCGAACCCCGGUCAGCCGCAUGGCAGGCGAGUGCCCUACGGGUUGGCCACAGCAGGACCCUUCAGGAUUCAUUUUUAGCAUAUUUGUUUUUGCGGUUCAACGUAUAAUCUACUUUUGCUUACAAACAGUAUGAGUAGGCAAUAUCUGUUUGCCCUCACAAGGCAAGUAGGCCAAUGACCCCUAAACUCUAGAGGUCAUUCCAAAGGACGCCUUUUGCAAUACGAUGUAUCGAUGUGUGUAACUAAGUCAACCUGCCAAAAAAAAAACCUGGCCCACCGUUCAUGCUUUCCGUUAGCAGGCAAAACCGCACAACUUUGAAUAGACACACCGUACCAUUGUCCUUUCAGCACAAAGCAGAGCAAGCCUAACAGGACAUGAUGAGAUUCCUUCUCGUGUUCCUGUUUAUGCAGUGCAGUCAUGCCACACCUAGAGAUCUGACAGGCCAUCUGAUGGAAUUCCCCAUGUGGGCUGCAUCGGAUCCGUACGUCGACGUUCACAUGCCGCGAAGCGUGGACUCGGCCACCGUGUGCCAGCGUUACUUCAGCAGUGUGGAGUCCUUCGAGAUCACCCUCUUCUCCUUGGCGACCCUGGAAGUUUCCGAGGCCGUGCUGCUGUCUCAGACGAGGAACAACAUCUUCAACCUUUACAUCGGGGGCGGCCGUCCCGUCCAAUUCCGUCCACCCUCAGGGAUUCGCAGCACACCCAGGUCCAUUUGCCUCACCUACGACCACGUGACGGGCCAGGUGCAGAUGUGGUACGACCAGGGGCGGAGCCCGCUCAAGCGUUCUUUCAAGGGCCCUGGCUCGCUCCUGCCCGUGUCAAAACCCGGCUCACCGCCUCCUCGCCUGAUGCUGGGCGCGGUGCGGCGACGCUUCGACGUGACGGGCAAGCAAGACCUGAUGAUCAAGUCGUUUUACAAGGGGGAGAUGGAAGAUUUCCACAUGUGGGACCGUGUCCUCCAGCCGUGCGAGAUCAAGACAUUCCUGGGCGGCAAAGAGGCGUAUGCCCCUGGUAACGUCGUUAGCUGGGCGUCUUUGGAUUACAAGGCCUCCGCCAAUGUUAACGUCAUGAAUGCAGACGUUUACAAAUGCCCAGCGUCAAAUUGUUGAAAUCGUGUUGGGUAGGUGUGUGCAAGUGGAUAAGAGGACCUCGCUUCUCAAACGUGUUGUUGCUAACCAGUUAGCAACUUACAAGAUUACCAAUUGGAUAAUUGCAGAGCAACCAACUACAUUGCUGAUGUAUUAGCAGUUAGCAACAAUGCUUUCAAAAAACACAACCCAAGGUGCGAGAUGUACUGCACUGUAUGUACAAUGAGAUUAAAAAGCAACAUUGAGGAUGAAAAGAUAUUUUAAUGAUAUUAAUUUGGGUUUACUACUAUAGCGUUCUUAAUACAGCCAUGCUUUAUCUGUCAUGAUGUGUGCAAAAAUAUGCAUGUGUGCGUUUACCCACUCUGUUAUCCAUGUGUACUGCAUACUGAAAAAAGUUAAAAGUUUUUCUCUAUAAAAAUCUAAAUGUAUUGGUAAAUAAACAAAU